GCUGUGGCACCUUACCCCAGUAAAGAUGGCGGCGGUCAACACGGGGUCUGUUACCGUCAGGGGCCCGCAGCUGUUUCUUCCGUUUAACUGCAAAUGCUUCUAAACCGGAUCCAGAGGCUCACGCCAUCCCAAUCCAGACUCACUCCACUUUUCGCCCGGUCUCCGCAGUAUCUCAUUGGCGAACUCGACCAUCCAACACACUCAAACGCCAGGGGCGCACCGUUUGGUCACGGGCCGCGCCGCUUUCCUGCCCCUCGUUGACGCUGAUUGGCUGGAGGACUCGAUGCAACGGCUUGGUCCUCCAACCCGCCCCUUUUUUUCUAUUGGCCAGAAACCACCGUCAAUCAGGUUGGGCCCCGUUGUGACGUUGAAUGUCGCGUUCCUUCCUGCUGCCCCUAGGACCUUGGAACCAUGCAAGACAGAGUCUGGGACAUAUUCCUUACACUCCUUAGGAUUAACUCACAAAUUCAGUCCUGGAUAUGUGAUCAUGAGCAACAGUAGCACCAGAAUCCAUCCUCUGCAGUCAGUCAUGAUCUAUCUGGUGUUUGAAAAGGACAUUGGAAAGGGAGGAUUUGCAACCGGGACUCUGAAACCAAGCAUCACAUCAGGAUCUCGGAGGCUCCACGUUUUCAAAGUCAGAAGUCCAUCGGAUUUUAAACAUGGAAUGGACAAGCCCCAUUCACGGUGGGGAGAAACUUUACACUUGUUGUGUGUGUGAACAAGGCUUCAGUCAAUCAGCUGGCCUCACUAACCACAAAUGCAGUUACACUGGCUUGAAAGUGUUCAUCUGCUCAGAGUGUGGGGUGGGAUUCACUCGGUCAGCCCACCUUCUGAGACAUCAGUGGGUUCACACUAAGGAGAGAUCAUUAAUCUGCUUUGAGUGUGGGAAGGGAUUCACUCACUCAGCUAGUCUGCUGAGACACCAGCGAGUUCACACUGAGGACAGACCUUUUAAAUGUCCAGACUGUGAGAAGUGCUAUAAAAGUCGCAGCAGUCUGAUGUCCCAUCUACGUGUUCAUACUGAUGAGAGACCUUUUAAGUGUUCAGACUGUGGCAAGUGCUUUCAAAGUUCUGGGAAAUUGAUGUCCCAUCAACGUGUUCACACCGAGGAGAGACCGUUCAAAUGCCCAGAAUGUGAGAAAUGCUAUAAAAGUUCAGGAGAAUUGAUGUCCCAUCUACAUGUUCACACUGAUGAGAGACCAUUUAAAUGCUCAGACUGUGGGAUGUGUUUUAAACGUUCCAGCAAUCUCUCAUCCCAUCAACAUGUUCACACUGACACGAGACCGUUCAGGUGUUCUCACUGUGGGACUGGGUUCAGGCAAUCGUCUCAACUCACUAAACACCAGCGAAUCCACACUGGGGAGAGACCGUUCACCUGUAACGAUUGUGGGAAGGGGUUCACUCAGUCAUCCCACCUUCUCACCCACCAGCUAGUUCACACUGACAAGAGACCCUUUGAGUGUUCAGACUGUGGGAAGUGCUUUAAAAGUUCCAGGGUAUUGAUCCACCACCAACAUGUUCACACUGAGGAGAGAGCUUUUGCAUGUCCUGACUGUGGAAAGUGCUUUAAAAGUUCUGGGGAGUUGAUGCGCCACCAGCGUGUUCACACUGAGGAGAGACCGUUCAGGUGCUCUCACUGUGGGGCUGGGUUCAAGCGAUCAUCGGACCUCAUUGUACACCAACGCAGUCACACUGGGGAGAGGCCAUUCUCCUGCAUGGAGUGUGGGAAGGGCUUCACUCACUCUUCCAACCUGCUGAGACACCGGCGAGUUCACAAGUGACAGCAUGUUGCUGUUAGCUACUUCCUGGAAACGACCUUGUUCAUUAUGCUCAUUGAUGUUGAUAACAUCCAAUACUAUGUGUUAAUACGCUGAAUA